AUGGGUAAAAUGGAGUGGAAUAAGGCUACCAUGCUAAGGCAUUUGUGGGCUCUAUGCAAAAAAGCUGAUCUUCUUUGGGUAAAAUGGGUCCACACCUAUAUCAUAAAAGGUCAAUGUUUAUGGUCUAUGGAUAUCCCUAUUGAUGCUUCUUGGACUAUUAGGAAAGUGCUUGGCCUUAGAAGCGUUGGACAGCCUUUAAUUCAAUAUAAGGUUGGCAAUGGUCAAGGUACCUUCUUGUGGCUUGACAAUUGGCACCCUCUUGGCCCUUUAUUCAACAGAUUUGGAGAGAGUGUUGUCUUUAACCUUGGCAGAUCAUUACAUUCAAAGGUGUCUUCUAUUGUUCAUAAUGGGGUCUGGAAAUGGCCACGGCAGAGGAAUAGGGUCACUCAAACUAUCAUGUCUCAGACUCCUAAUUUCAAGCCAAUUUGUGGAGAGGAGGAUUCGGUUGUUUGGCUCCCUCACCCAACUGGGUAUUCUGUCAACUCGGCUUGGGAAGCUAUUCGGACUAAACUUCCUAAACAACAGUGGACUAAGAUUGUUUGGUUUAGCAGGAACGUUCCUCGUUGGGCUUUUAUUUUAUGGUUAGCAAUCCAGCAUAAAUUGAGUACAAAAGAUAGACUGUUUAGUUGGGGCAUGAAUGUGGCUGUGGGCUGUGUUUUCUGUGCUACUGGAUUGGAAUCUCAUCACCAUCUUUUUUUCCAAUGCCCUGUGUCUUGUUCUGUGUGGCAUAGUAUUUGGUGUAAGUCUUCUAAUAGUCAAGUGCCCCGUUUGUUAGCUGAUGUGAUUGCUUGGUAUAUUCAGAAUGUUCACAGUAAUAGCUUCCGAAGUGUGAUUUUGAAGACUUCUUUGGCUGCUACAGUAUACAGUUUGUGGUUGGAACGGAAUAAAAGAGUUUUUCAACACCAAGCCCUCCCUCAAGACCGGUUGCUUCUCCACAUUAUCAAUUCUAUAAGGAAUUCUCUUAGCUCUAAGAGGGGUGUGAAGCCUACUCAGGAAAACAAGGUUUUAUGUGAUAGUUGGCAGCUUUCCGGAAAUUUUUUUGAUCUAGUUAGAUGA